CUGAGCGGCGUCUUCAGCUGCCUGAUCGCACGGCUGGCUACGGAGACACUUCCUGCCGGGCCGUUGCGCUGGGAUCGGGGACUUCCGUGCAUAACACUCGGAAAUCCUGGGCUGGUUUCAAGUGGCUGCGUCGGUUGUGUGUGUCUUGGCGGAUGCAAUGCCCGAGCAAUAGCUGAGAGUUACAUUGUAGUUGCGUUUGGUUAUGUGGCUGGCUGGGGGAAGCCAGCCCGGCUCCCUUUGCAAUCAGGCACUGCGCUGACCCGCUAUGAGCCUGUGCCUGCUGGGGUCCUGCCUCCGGAGCCCGUGCGGGGAUGUCUCGGAGACCCCGCGCUGACUGCUGCUCAAACAUCACGUUGACAUGGAUGAUGAAGAUGGCCGAUGCUUGCUAGAUGUAAUUUGCGAUCCUCAGGCCUUGAACGAUUUUUUACAUGGAUCCGAAAAGAUUGACAGUGAUGAUCUCCUGGACAACACGGGAGAUGCAGCCAGUGCCUUCUUUGAAGGUGCUGGGCUGCACGUACAAGAGCCCUCCGGUAACCAUCUGAACGCCGAACAGAACCAGCCCGCGACAAGCGUCGAUCUCGACUUCUUGGAAGAUGACAUCUUGGGUUCACCUUCGGGGGGCGGGGCCAACCUGCAGAACUCAGACCAGCCCUGCGACAUCCUCCAGCAGAGCUUGCAGGAGGCAAACAUCACGGAACAGACUCUGGAGGCCGAGGCGGAGCUGGAUCUGGGCUCCUUCCAGCUCCCUACGCUCCAGCCAGUGGUCCACACCGCCUCCGACGGCACCCCGCAGAUCUUCUCUAGCGGGGCCGACCUCAUUGGGCUGCAGCAGCCGGCGGUCCUCACCCACCAAGCACUGGUGCAGCAGUCCGUGGGGGCUGACGUGGUCAACAAAGCCAUCAGCGUGCAGCCUUUCCUCCAGCAGGUCGGCCUGGGGAACGUCACCAUCCAGCCCAUCUCCAACCUUCAAGGCCUGCCCAAUGGGAGUCCCAGUGGGACGUUGGGCAUCGGGCAGAUCCAGGUGGUCGGGCAGCAAGUGAUGGCGAUCAAUCAGCCGGCUCAGCAGAUCAUCGCCAAGCAAGUUCAGCCUUCCCAGGUGGCCGCCAUGCCCGUCGGGAGUUACAUCACCCAGACGGCGCCGGAGCAGCAGCAGGUCACUCUCGCCUCGGCCGGAGUGUCUCCCCAGAACGCCGGCCUCGUCAUCCAGAAGAACCUCCCGGCGGUGGCCACGACAACGCUAAACGGCAGCUCCAUGUUUGGGAGCGUGUCCGCCGCUCAGGGCUCCCAGCCACUCACCGUCACGUCCAACUUAAGCAGCCCGCUGGUACAAGCCCAGAACGUGAUCAUCCACCGGACGCCCACGCCCAUUCAACCCAAACCCGCCGGAGUCCUCCAGCAGAAGGUGUACCAGAUCACCCCCAAGCCCUUCGGCCCCAACAACACCACCCUCACCAUCCAGAACGAGGCGGCGCUGCAGCAGCAGAAAGCCCAGCAGAACCUGAACUUCAUGGCAGGCAAGGCCGGGCAGAACGUGGUGCUGUCGGCCUUCCCGCCGGGGCUGCCGGCCAACAUGUUCAAGCAGCCCCCGCCCCAGCAGCAGGCCCUCAGCAAGCCCAUGAGCGUCCACUUGCUGAACCAAGGCAGCAGCAUCGUCAUCCCAGCCCAACACGUUCCUCAAGCCAUGCUGCAGGGGCAGAACCAGUUCCUCCUCCCGGGGCAGCUCACCGGCGCGUCCACGGUCCAAAUCCCCCAGCAGCUCUCGGCCCUGCAGGCUAACAUGGGGGGCCAGAUAUUAACCGCCUCCCACCCCAGCGGGCAAACCCAUAUCAUUACGAGCCAAGGGCCCGGUGGGCAGCUGAUCACCAAUCAGGCGCUGCCUGCCCAAAUCCUCACCAAUCAGAACCUGGCGAGUCAGCUCAACUUGGGGCAGGUGCUGACGUCGCAGAACGCCCACGGCACCGCCCACAUCCUUUCCGCUCCCAUCCAGCUGCAGCCCGGACAGGUCGGCCAGCCGACUCUCUUCCAGAUGCCCGUCUCCCUGGCUGGAAGCUUGACGACUCAGAGCCAACCGACGGUCGCGGCCUCCUUGGCUGGUGGGGCCAUCAAUCAGGCGGGCCAGACUGUUAUCCAAGGGGUCACCCUACCCAACCAAGUGGCUAUGUUAAACGCCGCCGAAAACCUCAACCAAACCGUGACCAUCCAAGCACCGGCCAGCGCCAGCAGCCAGAGCCCUGGCCUCAAUCAGCCGCAGUCGGCCCCCAACGCCAGCUUGCUGCCGAGCGGCGACCAGGCCAACAUAUUGACCGUCCAGCCCGCCUCCCAGCCGUCCGCUCCUCCUCAGCUUCAGCUGAAUGUGCAGCAACAAACCCCGCCUCCGCCUCAGCAGCCCACGCAGUUACCUGGGACGGCCCAGCCCAGCCCGAAUUUGGUGGCAUCUAGCCCAGAAAGGAUUAUUCUGAGCCAUGCAGCAGCUGGAACCGUCAUAUCCCAGGAUUCCAUGCAGCUGUUCCUGCAACAGAAGGAUCGGAGCCAGCAGCAGCAGCAGCAGCAGUUUUACUCACCAGCUCUGAAAAUGCAGCCGGAGAGCGGUCUGGCCGAGUCCACAGUACCUCCCCACCCGCCAAUGCCUCUGCCCAUCUACAGCAUAGCCACCACCGCCCUCAGCACCACCAGCAGUGUCCCGGCCUCAGUGAUAGUGAGCAGCAGCGUAGGCGCAGCCCCGCAGCCGCCUGCCAGCCGGGAGCUCAACCAGAGCCACCACACGCCACCGGCGGAUUCCAAAGUGCCUCAGUUCUCUGCCGGCCCUCCUCAGCAGGCACUGGCUUGCCAGUUGCCUUCGGGGCAGCAGAAGCUUCCCGGAGCCUCCCCAUCCCACUCUCUACCUCAUCCUUCCCUGGGGGAGAGCCCCCAGCUCCAGCCCGCGCACCUCUCCCAGAUGCCGUCCCCCCAUCAGUCCCGUCCUCCGUCGCAGCCUCAGCCUCUUUCCCGGCCACCCUCCCGGCCUCACUCGAGGCCUCCUUCCCAGCCUCAGACGCUGUCGCGGCCGCCCUCGGAGCCCUUGUCACGGUCCUGCACCCCCCAGACGCAGAUGCAGAACUUGUACGUCAUCCAGAAUCAAAUCGCGUCCUCCCCCCACGGCCCCAGCCAGCACCCCCUGCGCCCCCCCUCCCAGCCUCAGGUCCCCUUUCAAGCACCCCAAGCUCAGCCGGAAGGGCAGCCGCAGCUGGCGACCCCCCCGCACCUGCAGCUGCAGGUUCAGCUGGCGACUCAGCUCCAGCCUCAGGCCGACGCUCAGGCGCAGGCCCGGCUGCAGCCCCAGCUGCCAGCGCCCCCUGACGUGCCGCACACCCACUCCCCCCACUUCCAGCUUCAGUUCCCUGCCCAGGGCCCGAUCAAGCCCCCCACCCCGACCCAGGCUCUCCACCUCACCCCGGAGCAGCAGAGGAGUUUCCAGAUGGUUCCAAACCAGUUCCCGGCUCUCUCUGCCAUCCCGGCCUCCGUACCUCAGCAGAAGCAGCUCAUGGACCGGUUUCAGCAGGUGCAACAGGGGAUCAUCCUGCAAACGAAGCAGCCCACUUCCACCAGCCAAGCGCCGCCUGCAUUAAGCCAGUUCAGCAGCCAGCCCUCUUCCGUCUUGGUCAGCAGCCAAGGGCAGCCAGUCGCGGUGACAGCUGCUCAAGCACCGCCGGUCCACGGCCACGCCCCCGUGCCUGCCACCGUUCAGCCUUCCACGACGGGUCCAAGCAAAGUGGGCCCCGUGCUUGAAAAGGGACAGCUGCAGAGAGGAGGAGGGCCGCCUGGGCAGCCCGCAGCGUUGCUGCAACAGCAGACGCCCGUGCUGGUCAAAUCAGCAAUCCCUCCCACGGAGAGCAAAACCUUUUCCAGCGGCUCCACGGCUCUUUCUGGCGGAAAAGCAUCCACCGGGCAAGGAAAACCUGCGGUCCCUUUGGCCAUACAGCAGCCGGUACAGACCAAACCUGGAGUUAUCAGCUCCGUGCCUGGCCUGAACCUCGGGAAAGGGCCCCUGCAGCUCCAGGUUCUUGGGAAGAGCUUGCCACAGCUCCUGCCUUCAGCAUCGGCCCCGAUCCAACAGCAGUAUGAUAGCAAGCUCGGAAACAUGAAAAAGCCUCCCAUGCUACAGCCCAGCAAGGAAGCUUGUUUCUUGGAACAGCUGCAUAAACACCAGGGGGCAGUGCUGCACCCAGAUUACAAAACCUCGUUUCGGUCGUUUGAAGAUGCCUUGCAGAGGCUCCUCCCCUACCACGUCUACCAGGGAACGCUCCCUUCUCCUCACGACUACCGAAAAGUAGAUGAAGAGUUUGAAAUGGUGUCCGCGCAACUACUAAAACGCACUCAAGCCAUGUUGAACAAAUACCGCCUUCUGCUCUUGGAGGAGUCCCGGAGAGUCAGUCCUUCAGCAGAGAUGGUAAUGAUUGACCGGAUGUUCAUACAGGAAGAAAAGACCACUUUAGCCCUUGAUAAACAGCUAGCAAAGGAGAAGCCAGAUGAGUACGUCUCCUCGUCUUCACGCUCGCAGAGCUUCGCUUCUUCCCUGGCUCAGGGCUGCGUGUCCAGCAGCAGCAGCAGCAGCGCCACUUUGGCUUCUGAGAACCUGAAAGCCCCUCCGGUGCAGAUGGCGACCCAGAUCAACCCCACCAAGCUGGUCAUCAAGCACAGCGGAGGCUCCCCUUCUGUCACGUGGGCGAAGGCUUCACCGUCGCUGGACGGCGACGACGACGCCCUGCCUUCCAGGAGCAAGCCGCCCAUUAAAACCUACGAAGCCCGCAGUCGGAUCGGCCUGAAGCUGAAGAUCAAGCAGGAGGCGGGGCUCAGCAAAGUGGUGCACAACACAGCCUUGGACCCGGUCCAUCAGACGCCACCCCCCGUGUGCACGGUGAUCAAAACCGCCGACCAGCACUCAUCGGCUUCGGCCGUCGCCGCCACUUCCACCACCACAAUCACCACCUCCGCGGCAGGGCAAAUGAACGGGACAGUUGACCACAUCUCUGCAGCACCGACAGAGAAAAAACCCCUGGUGACCUAUUGCAGGCUUCCUCUCCGCAAGACUUACCGGGAGAACGUGGACGCUUUCGUAGCAGACAAAGCCCCUGACGCUUGUGCGAAAGGGAGUACCCCGAAAGCAGAUACGGUGCCAAGCACCCUCAUCAUCAAGCAAGAUGGCGGCUCCAGGAGCGUCAUCACCUCCCACAAAACUCACGAGAGCCCUUCCGGGGCGGUGGCGGAGAAGGGCAGGCUGGAGGAGAAUACCAAGCAUACUUUUUUCAGCCGGAGCGACGCCCGUUCCUUAGUGAUGCAAGAGAGCCCCGCCCCUCCUAAGACCGACGAUUCAACCAGUGGCCUUAUGAAGGAACUAGCAGAGGUUGAGGACGAGUUUUAUCACCGGAUGAUAAAGACUGAGCCCCCAGACCACGGCUCCGCCUCUGAACUCACAUGGGAGGUUCCCCUGCCCCCGGCCAAACGUAGGAAAUCGGAGUCCUUCGACGUCGACAACGCUAGCUUCUCCAGCGACAGCCCCCAGGACGACUCCCUCAAUGAGCACCUGCAGAGCGCCAUUGACAGCAUCCUCAACUUGCAACAACCUCAGGCUGGGGGCCAGAACACCCGGACACCCUCUUCCUCGUACAACUCCUCCUCCUCCCCUUUCUCCUCCCCCGCCCACCGCACGGACACUUACCUUGCCCCUAAUCACAACGGAGGCCUUGGAGCAAGGACGUUGAACAGAUAACAGGAAACCCGAACCGAGCAGAGACUGUACAAAAAAGCGAGCCGAGGACCGAAGCUGUAGCAGCUUCCGCCGGCUGGGGGGGGGUGGGGAAACGGUUGGGAGCGAGGGUGCCACUUCCCGGAGAACCCAGUGGGUUGGGCCUGACACCAGAAGGAAAAAAAAGCUGGGGGGGAGGGGUCUAGGGUGGGAAGAGGAUGUCCAAAAAAAAAAAGAAAGAAAAAGGUUUCAUCCAUUCAAGUGUUUCUACGAUGGGUUUCGGUUGUUUGUAAAGUGCAAGCUCCGGCUGGACUUUUACAAUACACUUGUCUCAUCACAUGCACCAUUUAAAAAAAAAAAAUGCAGCAAUUGCGAAGCAGAGAGGCAAGUGGGAGGGGGUUGGAUUUGGGGGGCCCAUAGGUAGUGUUGGCUGUGUAAUAUUUAGAUUCUGUAACAAAACUGCUAAUUUGAAUCUCUGAACGACGACGACGGUGACGAUCGGGUUUUAUUAAACCGCACGCACCCCCUCCCCCCAAAUCCCACGAGCAUCUUUAGGACAUUUUAACAAAACCCAGGUUGGAAGCCGGUGGUGAGGCCAAAGGAAUUGGAGGGCGGCGGGGGCGGGGGGGAGCGCCCUGAGGGAGUUGCCACAGGAGGUGGCUGUGUAAUUGAUUUAUCCAAUUACUUUUUUUAAGUUAUUUGAAGUAUAAAACGUCAGCUUUUUUUUUUUUUUACAAAAAAAUAAUUUCUGAACAAAAUGAAAAAAAAAAGCGAUACAAACACUAACGCUUACUAAAACAAAACAAAACAAACCCAAACGAGCGUGAGUUAAGUUUACAAGUAAACCUGUUUCAAAAAAAGGAAAACCCGGUCCCUUUUUGGACAUGGGUUGGAUCUGGUUCACACAGCAGCGAUGGGCAGGACAAGGAAAGUUCUAGCAAGAAGGUACCGAUUUGUCUCUCUCCUCCCCUUUUACAACCACGUCCACCUAAAGUCUUGACAGCGUGGCCAGAAAGAAAUCUCUUCACGCUGCAAUCAGACUCCAGAGAGCUGGGCAGUAGUCACACGUUGGGGGCCAGUGGGGGGGGGUUUGCCUUGGAAACCCAAGCAAGGGUUGGAAGUUAAGCAUGUUCUCACUUGCUGUAUUUUUUGUGUGCUUUUUUGACCCUUUGGACCUGGGCUUCUCCUCCGGCCCUCUCCCAUGGCUUCAGUUUACUCACCUCGGCCUUUUCUGUUCUUUAACCCCACGGCUUCACAGCUCUCCUGACUUUUUAUUUGCAUGUGCCUCGGAGUCACUCUAGUAUUUCCCUCUAGUCCCCUGCUCAGGUAGUUCAGUACAUUUCACAGGUACGGUUCAGGGCAGUUGGGUUUUUUUCCCCUGACUUAGAGGCGUUCCCCCAGAGAAAAAGGAUUUCCACGAACGACUAGCGUUAACAUCUAAAGGGAUUCUGCGGGCAAGUCGUGCAUCAGUUGGCUGAGCCGUUUCCUCGGCCUGCCUUUUGUCUUGAUCCACGGAAGAAAA